UUUUUUGAGGGGGCACUAAACCUAACUUCAAUAGAGAUUAGAGAGAAAACGUUCUAUUUCUUGCACAAUAUUCAUUUUUUUUUCCUCCUUUCAUUGCCUUUUUAUCAUUCACUUAGGCAGUUGGGUUUGUUUCCUGUUUAAUACUACUUCGUAAUUCGUAUGUGUUUUUAAUGGAAACUGCAUCUAAUAAUGGCAGAUUUCAACGUUUCCUUAGAAUUGAUUACACUCAAUUGUUUUUUCUGGGGAAAUAUCGUUCCAAAUUUGGCUAAUUAAAGAAUCUGCUAGCCGAUUCACUUGAUCUUGGGGGGAAAAUCCUUUAUUUUUUAUUUUCUUCCAUUUAUUAAACAUGAUACACAGUUUGCCAUGCCUUUCUGAUUUCAUAAUCAUAAUCAUCAUAAUUGUAAUUUGUAUUUAUUAUUUUUAUGAUGGGUUUCAUAUUUCAUGGUAUAUCUCCAUUUUUGGUGGUGGAUUCUUUGAAGGUAUGCUGAAGGAGCAAUUUCUUUAGUACCCAAUUACAAGGACAAGGGAACCUCCAAAUGUGGAAGGUUUUUCAUGCUCUGGAUUUUCACCACUGCAAAAACUUAGGGUUUUCUAUGGCAACAUAAACUGGGAAAUCGCGGAGGCCUGGGCAUCAGAAUUUCUAGCAUUGCCUUUCAGUUGCUCAAUUGUGCUGUAGAUAACAAUGGCUAACUACUGGGAAAAAGUUCGCAGUUUUCUGGACUCAAUGGAUACCCAAGAUUUACGCUCACCUCUUCCAUCGUCAUUUUCAUCUUCGUCAAGCUCUAAUAGCGACGUAAUUCCUUUUACAAUUGGUGCCACAAGAUGGCAGGUGGGUGAUAGGACCGCUCAGCAGAUACUGGCUGUUAUCCAGCCUAAUGCAGAAUCAGAGAAUAGGAGGAAAGAGAUCAUUGAAUAUCUUCAGAGGCUUAUUGAAGAUGCUCUUGGAAUUAAGGUUAGAGUUGUUAAAUGCACUGUGGGAGGUAUUUGUGUAGACAUUUCCUUCAACCAAACAGCAGGGCUUUGUGCAUUUUACUUUCUUGAACAGGUUGACCGUUUUAUUGGCAAAGAUCAUCUCUUCAAGCGCAGUGUGAUUCUGAUCAAAGCAUGGUGCUAUUAUGAGAGUCGACUUCUUGGUGGAUUCCAUGGUCUAAUAUCAACAUAUGCUUUGGAGACUAUGGUCUUACAUGUUAUCAAUCUUUUCCAUUCCUCAUUACCCUGUCCCUUAGCAGUCUUGUAUAAAUUCUUAGAAUACUAUAGCACAUUUGAUUGGAACAGUUAUUGCGUUGAUAUUAAUGGUCUAGUUAUCAUACCGUUCCUUCCAGAAAUAGUUGUGCAAUCACCACAAGACUGCGAUGACGUACUGUUGACUGAUACUUUUCUAAGGAGUUCUAGAGAAGCAAUCUUAUCUUCUAUGGGAGUUGGUAGAACUAAUGAUUCUGCAUUUUCUGUAAAGUUCCUCAACGUUUUGGAUCCUCUUAAAGAAGAUAACAAUCUAGGCCGUAGUGUUUGCAAGGGUAAUUUUUUCCGGAUCAAAAGUGCUCUCACUUAUGGUGCUAAACAAUUGGGUGGUGUUCUGAUGUUACCAUUACAAAAUAUUCAGAAUGGACUUGAAAAGUUUUUCAAGGAUACACUGGAGAGAAAUGGAAAAGGAAGACGGGCAGAUGUCAUAGUUCCAGUGGACGAAUAUGGUUCUAAUACCUCUACUGGCAACAGCGGCCAUGAUCAUCUUCUUUCGGGAAUACAUUAUGGUCUGUGGUUUCAUGAUUAUGGUAUGAUGUAUCCUGUACUGCCUGAAACAUCAGAAAAUUCUAGAGUCUGGAGUAGUCAAUGGGUGGAUAUGGGUCAAAAUGUGCAGCUUGAUCACAGCAUGUAUAAUAAUGUCAACCAAAGUCCGCCAUCUUCUGUUAAUCGUGUGACAAGUUUCCCACAGACAAAUGCAGCUUCUGUUAAAGAGAAAUGGAAGUCAAGGGGAACAGGCACAUAUAUCCCUAAUCUUGAACAUCUCAUGCGAAGGAAUAUAGUUUUAGAGGCAAGGAAAAACGAACAUGAAUGUGAAAAGGAACAGGGAAAGGGAAAGGGAAAAGAGGUUGAAUCAGUGGACUCUCCAGCUUGCACUCCUAGAGAGGCGAAUCUGUCUUCUGAUGAAGGAGCAAACACUGAUGUCUUCAAUUUUUCGAUUGAAGAUUUCCCUGUACUUCCUGGAAGUAAGCCCAUAACCAUUAAAGUCCACCAAUUGGAAGCCCCUGAGCCUGAGCAGGUCAAAGAGAUGUCAGUGUCAUUGGAUAGCCUUGAGUUUGAUAACAAACAUUCAUCAUCAAGAUCUCAGUCACUGACAGAAGCAGGAAAGCAGUCAGAUUCUGAUGUUUCAGCUAUUCUGGACUUAGUGGUUGACCCAACAACUGUGGCAGUCCUGGAAGACCAAGAAUCAUCUAAGAGCGAGGAAAAAAUGGUGAAGCCGUUGGAGCUAGCAGAUGACAAUGAGUUUCCCCCUCUAAGCCGCCCGCCAGAACCUGUGAUAACGCUGAAUAAGAAGGAAUUCCCUCCUCUCCGGGCUUCUUUGAAGUCACAGAAAAAGGGCAAGUGGAAGAAGGAUUUCAAGUAGUAUGAGAAACUGAAGCUCAUCAAUUCAAGGAAAGUAUUUGUGGCUGUGAUUCUGUGGACUGAUAUGGUGAUAAUCAGCCUGUGGUCGAUGCUAUGAAGCUGCAGCUGUUUAGAAAUAGUGGUAGUCGCUGCUAAUUAAUAGUACAGAAUGAACCUCUUUGGUUAUAAUUGUUUGGUUUCUGUUUGAGUCCUUCUAAACCUUCUUGAGAUGUUUAGCAAACAAACAAACUAGAAGUAUGUCAAAAACAAGCUAUUGAAAUUAAAAUCUAAGAAAGACCUUUAAAAAGCAA